AUGAGGUUUUAAUAAUUCCUUGAGUUUAUAUUUAAAUUCUUUAGGUUUUGACUUGGAAAAUCAACAGUAAUUUGAGUUUAAAAAUAAUAGAUUUAACUUUUAUUAUAAUAAGUCAUGGUGGUUCAACAGUACCUACCUAACAUGUUGAUCUAGUACUUGGGAGGAUCUGAGGUGAGAUGAUCCCUGUUUGAUAAUUAUGAGUUUGGUUAGAUACUCAAAAUUACUGCAAGAAAAGUUGGUACGUUUGUGGCCAAUUCUUUCCGUAAAUUCUUUGACUUGAAUUUUAAAUGAAUGUUAAAUGAUUGUGAACAAAUUUAUACUGUAUCUUUCAAAAGUGCAUGGUGAAUUUAUUCUAUACCUUCUUUUUUAUUUUGCAGAUCACAAGAAGCUUUACUUUCAGUAUCAGCAGGGAAAGUUGAUUAAUAGCCCAAAUAUUGAUUUUUUUGGUUUACCAUUCAGCAUAGAAAAAAUUGUCUACUUGGAGUGUGGUCAAGGCCACAAUUAUCAGCAGUCUAAAGAGACUGUUGAUCCACUGCCUGAUCAUCCACUCUUGAAGAAAAAAAAAUUUUUGAUUCAAAAUUAAAAAAAAAUUGGAUGUCAAGCGAGAAUGAAUGUAAGAUGUAUAAGGGUUUAUCCAGAUUUUACCUCGCCAAAUUCGAAGAGGAAAAAGUGUGCUGUCUUGAAGAAUUUGCAGGAAGCCCUGAGGGAAAAAGUUCCAAUUUCAAGUUACCUUAGGUUCUAUGUAAAAAUCAGCAAAGCAGAGAACCACAACCACACAACUACUUCUACUUAUCUCUGCCAAAAAAUUCAUCCAGAUCUUGUAACAGAAAUCAAAAGACUUGUGGGUCAAGGCAUUACAGCCACCAGGGAUAUUAAAUUGCUACUUGAGGAAUAUGUGAGAAAUAGAUAUUCUGGUGAUGAAAUGUCCAACAGGCUUAGUAAAACCUUUUACCCAGAAGAUUCAGUAAUUUAUGCUCAUGUUUACAGGGCAAUAUUUUCGCAGAAAAGAGACCAAAUGGACCAAGAGGUACUACAGCAAACCAUCAAUGAAUGGAAAAUUCAAAAUAGGGAGGACUGUUUUUUUUACAGACCGUAUGAAGAUGUUUCUGACAGUGAUGUGUCACCAUUAUUGUUUUGUCACCAAACAAAGUGGCAACAGAAGUUACUGUUGCGGUAUGGUAGUGUAUGUUUAUUAGAUGCCACUUAUAAGACGACAAAGUAUGCUUUGCCACUCUUUUUUUUAGCAGUGAAGACCAAUGUUGGCUACAGUGUUGUUGGUACUUUUGUAGUUCAGUCAGAAAGCACUGCAUUAAUUGCUGAAGCUUUGAAUGUAUUCAAGGAAUGGCUUCCUGAAUGGCAACCACAGUUCUGGAUGACGGACUUCAGUGAGAUGGAAAUAGUAGCAAUUGAAAAGACCUUCCCUCGAAACACAGUGUACUUAUGUGCGUUCCACAGAGAGCAAGCCUGGUUGAGGUGGGUCAGGAAGAGUGGUAAUGUAACAUCUGGUAAUUCAGAAGAGAUUUUAAGUAUGUGGCGUGCUAUUGCAGCUUCAAGAGACAAACACGAGUUUGACCUUAAUCUAGAAGUAAUGAAUAGUAGUGACAUCAUGCAACAAAACCCUAAAGCAUCUGACUAUUUUGCUACCCACUGGCUAGCUCACAAACACAGGUGGGUACAGGCCUUCAGUGAAAAAGACUUUGUUACAAUUAUUCACACCAAUAAUGGAAUUGAAAGUCAAAAUAAAGUGUUAAAGCAUUCAUAUCUUUGUCACAAUUCUGAUAAAUCCCUCACAGGAAUGCUCAAGACAGUUAUAAACAACUAUUUACCUGAUAUGUACCGAAAAUACUGCUAUAAGAAUUCUACUGUAAAGAUGUUUAAUCCAGAGAUACCCUCAUAUUUGAUAAACCGACCACAGAACUUUAUAAGACAUGUGCUCACCAGGAUAAGUGCUGCUCGAUCCGAUAUUUGCAAGGAAUCCAUUACAGAAAUUUCUAAGGGGAGUUUUAAAGUUCAGAGUUCAUCAGAUAAAAAAAAAUUUUACUGUGUUAAUUUUGAUAGUGCUACGUGCAGUUGCAUUGACUUCAUGAAUUUUAGAUUUCCUUGCAAACAUAUGUGUGCAAUUUUUGAAUUCUUCCCUGCCUGGAGUUUUCUCCAGCUGAACUCUGCAUAUAUUAACAGUCCUUACAUUACACUGGAUUCAGAUAAUAAUUUUUGCACUACAACAUACAACAUAAAUCCUUCCUCCACAGCAACAGCACACACUGAAAACAAUUGGACGGAAGAAACUGAAAAAAAUUGUACUUCCACGUUGACCAAAGAUUCCAGUGAUGAAAGUUCUAGCAUAUCAGCAUUGCAAAGGGAAUUCCGAAUGUUCAACAAAAUGUUAAUUGAAUUGUCUUAUACAGGACAGAGGCAGGUGCGGCCGCACGGCGCGAGAGCGACGCGAACCCGAGAUGGCGUGCCGGCGGGAGAUAACGUGGCGCGGGAAGGCGCGAACUCGAGACAUCGGCGAGAGAUAUCGCAGCGCGGGAAUGGCGCGAACCCGAGACGUUUCGGCGAGAGAUAG